GAUGCCUGGGAGGUGUAGUCCUUCUGGAUCUUUAAGGAUGAUGCGGCAUUGCUCGUGGGCGUCGCUCUGCUGCCGCUUCUCCUCCUGCCCGACGGCUCGCAGGUUUGGAUGCGGUGUCCACUCUCAAGGGUCCUACCUGGUGGCUUCUGGCUGAGCUGGCCUUGGAAGAUCUCUGGGUGCAGGAGAAUUUCCCAACUGCGUGGAGCCAUGAGGCUGGUUCAGUUCCAGGCCAAGGGGCCAAGCACUGAGCCCCGGAUUGGGCUGGAGGAAAGAGAUGGUGGAGAUGUGGUGGACCUCAACGCUUUUGACCCAUCCUUGCCCAGGACCAUGCGGGCAUUCCUGGAGGCAGGAGAGGUAGCACUUGCGGUGGCCAGAAGAGCACAGGAAUCUGGCUGCCCUCUUCUGCCCCGGUCCAACGUGGCCCUCUUGGCUCCCAUCACCAGUCCAGAUAAAGUCAUCUGUGUCGGCAUGAACUACGUCGACCACUGCCUGGAGCAGAAUGUCAAGAUCCCCAAGGAGCCCAUCAUCUUCAGCAAGUUCUCGAGUUCCAUUGUGGGGCCCUACGAUGCCAUCGUCCACCCAACGAAGACCAACGAAGUUGACUGGGAGGUUGAGCUGGCCUUUGUCAUUGGGAAGAAAGGAAAAAACAUCCAGGAAUCGGAUGCGAUGGCUCACGUGGCUGGAUUCACGGUGGCCCACGACGUGAGUGCCCGAGACUGGCAGAUGAAGAGGAAUGGGAAGCAAUGGCUGUUAGGGAAAACCUUUGACACCUUUUGCCCGCUGGGCCCGGCUCUUGUGACCAAGGACUCCGUCUCAGAUCCUCACAAUUUGGGCAUCCGAUGCCGAGUGAAUGGCGAACUCGUCCAGAACAGCAACACCAACCAGAUGAUCUUCAAAACGGAAGCUCUUGUCGCCUGGGUGUCCCAGUUUGUCACGUUGUACCCAGGCGAUGUCUUCCUGACUGGAACACCACCGGGAGUUGGAGUUUUCCGGAAACCGCCCACUUUCCUCAAGAGAGGAGAUGAAGUCCAGUGUGAAAUCGAUGAAUUGGGAACCAUCUGCAACAAGGUGAUGUGAAGAUUUUCUUGCGGCGUCCCCAGGCAAAACCAUUGGCUGGAGUUUUAAAACGCACAAGUGCCCUUCCUUGAUUCUAAUCCAGGAGCAUCAAUAAGGAAGUUCUUAAAACGCUUUGAAUUGACAUCUGCUGGAAUGACUUCUGCCAAGCAUUGCAAAUGUGGGGGCAAGCAGUCAAAGCUAAAAUGCGGACGCCACCCACAAUUUCUGGGCAUCCUAGUUGGAAACAACAUAGGUGAAUGAUGCUCUUUAGUGAGACCCAUGCACAUUUACACCAGAGGAAGAUGUUGGUGUGGCACGUGUGUGGUUGUGAGAGUCACAUGUAUCUCCUUUAUUACUUCAAUAUUCUCC